GUCUAUAAGUUCAAAAAACAGAAUAAGCUACAAAACUAUCAGUUAUAUGGAGAAGCCAAUAGUGCACUGAUGGAAAUACUUUCAGAACAAAGAAUAAAAUUUCGUGAAAUAAUAAAAGAAUAUUCAUUAGAAAACAUUUUUAAUGCAGAUGAGACAGGGCUAUUCUUUUGGAUGGCACUACAUCAAACGCUCUUAUCGCAACCACAAUCAGGAUGGAAAAAGGUCUUUAUUGUCCAUUAUAAUUCUAAUGAAUCUAAUGAAAAUAAUGAUGAAUAUAAUGAUUCUAAUGAAGAUGUGUCAGAAUCAGAUGAAGAAUUAAAUAGUGAAGAAGAGGAAUUAGAAAGUGAAAAUUCGGAUAAUAAAGAUAGUCAUGCAAGCUCUUCUAAGAACUCUACUCGACGUGGCCAUGGUCACCCAAGAUUAAGCGCUAGUAACAUAAAUAAACAAAGCCGUGCUCAUCCUUAUAGACUUCCAGAACCUUCUGAAACUCCUUUAACAAAUAUCAGGCUUGAGUUUUUGCCACCUCACACUACUGCUCACCUGCAACCGAUGGAUGCAGCCUAG